AUGGUCGAGGAGACCAAGUCUGGUCAUAUGGUAUUAGACCUGGGAUGCGGCCUUGGACAAGAUAUACGACGUCUGGUAUGGGAUGGUGCACCAGAAAAAUCCAUUGUUGGACUUGACCUACACCAUGCUUUUAUUGCGCUUGGUUACGAGCUGUUCAAGGAUGAAGGCACUCUUGAUACCAGUUUCCUGUGCCAGGACUUUUGGGAAGACACGCCAGAAAUUAGCAGCCUGGCCAAAAAUAUCAAAAUAAUCAAUUCCGGGUAUUUCAUGCACCUGUGGGACUGGGAUACCCAAUUGAAAGCGGCCAAGCGUAUGAUUCAAUUAGUGUCACCAACAGGCGGAUCAAUGAUCGCCGGAAUUCAUUUUGGCAGCCACUCUGCAGGCACGUGGAGCAAUGGUCCCCUUGAGUUCCGAUCAAUGUUUCUUCACAAUGAGAAAUCUUUGUCUGAAUUGUGGAAGCAAGCUGGAAAAGAGACCCAAACACACUGGAAAUUUGAAUGUCUAAUAACCGAGGAUGACGAUUGCAAGGAACUUCACCCCGAAGGCUGUCGCUUGAGAUGGGUUGCGGAGCUGGAGGAAUCUUAG